GGAGCGGCGCCCAGAGCCGGCCCGGCCGGGCCGCGCCGCCGCCACCACGGGAAGGGCUCGGGAGUUUUCCACGCUCCGAGGCUGUCCCUGUGCAUCCCCCGAGGAGCCGGCGGGGCCCAGCCUUUCCCGGGGGAACAUGGACUGAAAGAGGAGCUUUGGCAGGCCCCAGCUGCCAGCACCCUUCUCCUGGACCCUGAUGGACUCCGAGGCAGGACUGCAUUACCAUGGUGAUGAUCUUAACCAAAACUCGGCAAAACAAAGGUGCUGACUCCGUAACAAGCAGGACUGAGCUGCACACUCCAAAGAUGAGUCAAGGACCUACCCUCUUCUCUUGUGGCGUGAUGGAAAAUGACAGAUGGAGAGAUCUCAGCAGGAAGUGUCCACUCCAGCUCGAGCAGCCGGGCGCCAGCAUCUGGGACUGCCUCUCGGACAAGGGCGAGGAGGGCCCGCGCUGGCCGAGGGAGGCGGCCACCACCUGCUCCGUCACCAACCUGAUCAAGGACCUGAGCCUCAGCGACCCCCACGGCAACGCCUCGGCCCCCCCCAGCAAGCGCCAGUGCCGCUCGCUCUCCUUCUCCGACGAGAUGUCGGGCUGCGGGACCUCCUGGAGACCGCUGGGCUCCAAGGUGUGGACGCCGGUGGAGAAGCGCCGGUGCUACAGCGGGGGCAGCGUGCAGCGCUACUCCAAUGGCUCCGCCACCAUGCAGAGGAGCUCCAGCUUCAGCCUGCCCUCGCGCUCCAACCCGCUCUGCACCGAGCAUCCCACCCGGCCGGGGGGCCAGCCCAGGAAGGCGGCCGCCGGCUGCGGGCGCGGAGGGGAGCGGGUGGACAUUCAGAGGUCCCUGUCCUGCUCGCACGAGCGCUUCUCCUGCUCGGAGUACGGCGCGCCCUCGGCCAGCAGCACGCCCGCCUCCACGCCCGAGCUGGGCCGCCGCGCCGGGGGGCUCUCCCGGAGCCGCUCCCAGCCCUGCGUCCUCAACGACAAAAAGGUGGGAGUCAAGCGGCGGAGACCGGAGGAGGUCCAGGAGCAACGGCCCUCGCUGGACCUGGCCAAGAUGACCCAGAACCGCCAGACUUUCAACAGCCUUACCUGCCUUAGCGCCGCGGCCGAGGACGGCUCCCAGCGGCCCCCCGGCCCGCCGGGCUGGAGCGCAUCCCGCCGCUCCCCGGAGGUGAUGCCGGGCAGGACCCCCGCCUGCACCCCCGUGCCGGGGCCGCCCCGCCCGCAGCCCGAGGACCCCCGGGCCAGCAGGGAUGACCUCUCCUGCGAGGAGGAGGAGGAGGGCGCCGGGAAGGAGGAGGACAGGGUGGCCUGGCGGAGCGGCGGGACAGGCGCCGAGAGUCUCUUCCAGCUGGACGGCGAGAUCGACAUCGAGCAGAUCGAGAACAACUGAGGAGGGAGCGGGUCGUCUCGCCCCCCCGGUGUCGGGGGCUGCCAGCAGAGCCCUGGAGGGGCUCCUCGCUGCGGUUUGCGGGGUCCUGUCACUGCUCCCCCUCCUGCCAGCUGGAGGGGACAAAGCAGCUUUGCCAAAAUUUCAUCAGGUAUUUAGAGCAAUUUGUGUGCAUGUGUGUGUAAAUCUUGAAAUUCUUUGUAACUACUGUAGCCAGAGAUCAGCCAAGCCGGAGGAAAGUGCCUGUCCGGUAGGAAAACCAGGCACAGGGGUUGCCAAAGUCUCGCCAUGAGCGAGUAAAUGGCUUUUCCCAGGACAGGGUUGGAGCUGAUGGAGCUGGCCGUGCUCCCCUGGGUCCCACCUGUGCUAGUUCAGAAAGGGAUGCACAAGGAGAAACCACCACCCCUGGGGCUUGAAGAAGUGUGUGGGGGGAAACCAGAGUAUUGAGAUUUGCAAACUGAGCACUGGCUGGUGGCCACUGCCGGGGUGGCUGUGGCCCCUUUUCUCCCGCCACAUCCCGUGCAGCCCCAGCACCCCCUCUCUCCCCGUGUCCCCGGCAGUGCCGUGAGAAGGAAAUCACAAGUGAAGUCUUUUGCUUUUAAAUUUAAUAAUGGCAAAAGCUGGAUUUUUACUGCCUUUUUUUUUUUUUUUUU